GCCAUGAGCUAUUACUAUUCGUCUGCCUCCGAGGAGGACGGCAGCUCCCAGUAUUUGGGCAGUCCCAACUAUAACCUCACACCGCAGACCGCAGUUUCCUCGCAGGAUUAUGGACAGUCGGCUUUUCUGUCGCCGGAAUGGCAGUUCCUGGAUGCCGCAGGCGGGGCACAAACUGAGCUGGCGACCAUCCUGGAGAUCCCAUCCCAUACCAGUGAACAGCAGACCAAGCGGCGUAGCACCAGCUCCACAGGAUCCGAUGGAAGGAAGAGCUAUUCAGGCAGUGAGCUGACCAACCUCAGUCCCACUGUCAAAAAGCGGAGACGACAGGCGGCCAAUGCCCGGGAAAGAAAGCGGAUGAAUGGCCUGAACGAGGCCUUCGAUCGUCUGAGGGAAGUGGUGCCUGCGCCCUCCAUCGACCAAAAGCUGUCCAAGUUCGAGACCCUCCAGAUGGCCCAGUCCUAUAUCCUGGCCCUGUGCGACCUCCUCAACAACGGUGAUGUGGAGGUGGAUGCGGCCACCUACACCAUCUUCGGCGGCAGCGAAAGCAGCUUCGGGUUGAGCGGAGGAUCCUUAUCAUAG